AUUAAAAAUGUCUCUAAUAGAGUAGUUAAUUAAAGUUAAAAUAAUAAAUAAAGUUAUUUUGAAUUAUAAUAUUUAGAAAAUUUUUAUCAGACAUUACUAAAAUAAAUAUUAGAUUUUAUAAUUAUUUGUUUACGAUUUUAUAAUGUGUAAAUUAUUGUUUAUUGCUCUUAUUGUACCUUAUUUAGUGGAAACCCGGUCCCCAUUACCCGACGCAACCGAUGAAAACUUUCAAAAAGAGUGUAAUAUUGAACACAACAAAUAUCGGUCAUUACAUGAAAACACACCAACAGUUAAAAUAAGUCAAGAGUUGAUAAAACAUGCCAAGAAACGUUUGUCUACAAUAACUACUUUUGAAAAAUUAGAUUAUAUAAGAAAUGGCAAUGCUAAAAUAUUUGCACCCUAUGGUGAAAAUGUUUUCCGGGGACAUAAUGAUAAAAAAAGAACGACCUGUGCCUUUGCAUUAAAAUCAUGGUAUAAAGGUAGAGAAAUUUAUUCCAAACCUAUUUACACAUCUAAAACGGGACAAUUUACACAAAUAGUUUGGGUUAAAUCAAUUGAAGUGGGUUGUGCCCGAUCAAUGAGCAAACCGGGUGCAGAGCUUGAAGUGUAUAUUGUUUGCAGUUAUAAUCCACCGGGUAAUUCAAAGGACGAUUUUGCAGAAAACGUAAUGAAAAACAAACCAAAGACAUCCAUAUAGUUAUAUAUAUUAUAGUUGUUAUUAUAAAUUUCAAAUU